AUAUGUACUGCUGGGGACAGGGGGGGGGGACUGACCAUUUGGAAACUUGGGCACUGCCCGAGGGCCCGGGGUCAGUAGGGGGCCCCAUGAGAUGCCUCUGGUACCUUUUUCAUAGGCUUUUUGAGUUUGGGCAAGGACACAGGGGCCCCAUGAUCCCCUAUUGCCCGGGGGCCCCAUGAGUUGUCAGUUCGCCCCUGGCUGGAGAGGGCUAAGUUAGGGAAGCAGCUUGGGCAAAGCACAAAGUCACUUAAAGCUGAAAUGGGGUCGGUAGGGGGCCCCAUGAGAUGCCCCUGGUACCUUUCUCAUAGGCUUUUUUGAAUUUGGGCAAGGACAAAGGGGCUCCAUGAUCCCCUAUUGCCCGGGGGCCCCAU